AAAACAUGGCGGACAAACGUGGGUUAACUUCUUCGUUUCUGUUGCGAUGUUGCCCUCUUUGAAGUUAGGACCUUUACGAGGUUAACAACGUGACCAUUCAGCGUGUCCCUGGGAAAAAGAUGGAAACAAAACGUCUGUUUGUUGGAGGGCUCUACAGUGGUAUCAAAGAGGUUGAUUUACGAGAUCGCUUCAAUACUUUUGGUACUGUAUCAUCAGUUGAAGUUAUACAAAGAGCAGAUGAAAAUGGUUGCACAACCAAAACAUUUGCAUAUAUUGACAUUUUGCAAACAGAGAAAGAUUUCAGAAGAUGUGUUUCACUCCUGUCAAACUCAAAGUGGAGGGGCUGCUGUUUGAAGAUUCAGCCUGCCAAAGAAAGUUUUCUCACAAGGCUACAAAGAGAGAGACAGCAGCAGGCCCAGGCUAAUGUCGUAUCACCCUUGCAUGAAGAAACCAAACAAUAUUCGCUAAAAGGAAUGAUAGCACAUCGUGAGAGGGACUCAGAAAUGCAAAAUUCCAUUCCUGAAACACUUCCAAAGGCUGUUCCUGGUACACCUCUUCCAGGAAAGAAGAAUUGGGUGGUUGGAAAGUUUGGACGUGUCUUACCAGUCAUGUAUUUGAGGCGUAGGGAUAGGAAAAAGAUUGCAAAGUUCGAUCCAAGUAAAACAACACAUUGCUUGAAGAAAAUUAAACCUGAGGAACGAGAUAGUACGAUAGCAGAAUUAACAUGGAACUUGCAGUCAGAGGAUGAAAUUUUGAAUGUUAGUUCAGGAAAUUUAUUGGCAGAGAAAGGAAAAGAUAGACACGAAUCAAAGUCAGUGGUAACAGUUAAAGAGCGGAAGUUAUCAAAUGAUUCUUUUGAAGAACAAGCUCUCACCGAGGAUGUAAGAACGGAAUCCAGUGAUUCAUAUUCAGAAGGAAACAUGACUUGGAAAAGUGUCAAAACAAAGUCUUCGAAAAAGGUAACUGAUGAUACUUUGGAAGGAAGCAGGUUUGUCGAAAACGGUCACUCUGAAGAAAGCUUACGGUCUGUUCCCCAGCUGGAGCAAAAGAUGCUUUCACAAUUAAGUGGAGAGGAAGGUUUUUCUUCUAAAAAAACAGAAAGAAAGAAUAGAAUUCUCGAUAGCAAUCGACAUUCCUCAAUACAUAAUGGGACAUGUUCAUCAGAGGUUGAAAGAGAAGAAAAACAUGCACCUGAUGGGACCGGGGCAGAAGCUGGUGAAAUGAGAUCCUUUGAUAGCUCUGAUUACACAGCAGGUACUGAAUCAACUGACAGUGAAAGUGUUAGCCCCACCAGUAAAGAUCUAAAUUCUUUGAGUAUUAAUUCAAAAUCGAGGUCGAUUAGUCAGAACUCUGGCAAUUGUGAUUCAAAAGGAACCCCAAGGAGAUCUACGAAACCAGUGGUAACAGACAGUCCUCAAAAACGUACAAACUCAAAUGAAAAGCGACUAGAUGCCUUACUUGAGCGAAAAAAGACUGCACAAGCUCAGAAAAACGUGAUCAAUGAUGCACUGAAGGGCUUAGACAGCGGUCCACAAAGCCAUGUUGGAGGAAACCACAUUGUGUUUUCUGAUAGCGAUGAGAAUGAAACAGAUGACAAGGAAGUUAAGAAAGCUGCUUACUCUAUGGGAGACAAGAUCUCAGGUUCUAAGGCCAGUUCGUGGCUUGGACUCGAUAGUGACAGCGAAGAUGAUAAUGAUCUCGCAGGUCAUCUUAGCGUAGAAGGAAAUCAUCAGCUUGUUAAACCCCACUUUGAGGGAAAGUCUGGCGAAGAGCUUUUCAAAUUACAAAGGACUUACGGAGGAGAUAAAAGAUUUGAUCUUGAUUCACGUUUUCUGGAGAGCGAAGAAGACGACGACGAUCAUGAUGGUGGUUAUCGCUCUGAGAUCACUGCUAAAAGAGAUGCACGAAAGACACUGUCUCAAGGUUAUGAAGGGGCCAUCCCCAAGGAAAACGAGGACGAUAUAAGUAAAAGUAUUCAGGAAGAAAAGAAAAUGGCUUUUAAAGUUCUCGGAAAUAUUUUGGGGGCGAAUUUCAAGGCAGGUUACAGUGGUCACAGCACUGAGGAAAAAGUACCAGAAUUCAGGAGCACUGCUGUACUGCAUUACGACCCAACUCGAGAAGAUCACAAACAGUUUGAAAAGAUUGUUGAAGAGGAGAGAGAAAAACCGGCCGUAAAACCUAGUGGAGCUAAAGAAAAACAAUCAGAGGAGGCAGAAUUACCCGAUGUAUCUCAUGAAAAGUAUUACGAGGCCAAUGCCUCUCUGCUGACGAAUCUCUUCGGUGGAAAGGAGGGAACAUCUUUCACAUUUCUUGCACGAGAACAAGAUGAUGACGUUGAUUCAACUCCUGAAGACCUCACACACGAGGGUGCAGUUGAAAUGCUAAAAUCAAAUCCCUGGCAGGCCACACCUAAGCUUCCUUAUGACAGUAGUGAUGAUGACGACGAUGACGACAACGAUGAUAAAGACAACGACUACGGUAGUGGUGAUAACGCGGAAUUGAAUGAUUCUGUUGGUUCAGAUGGUAUUGCGCUCAGUAAAAUCUCAUUGGCGCCUGAUGAGCUGUUCUUUUUUCACCCAGAUGAUCCUAUCUUGGCAAAUCGCAUCGAUGAUAAAGAAGCUCUUUUUGUGAGAAGAGUGAGCCAGGAAGAAGUCAGCGAACACUGGGUAACAAUGAGAUCAGAUCUCACUCAAGACUACAAGAAAAAACGGAAGGAUGCUUUACGGAGACAGAAUAAAUUGGCUGCAAAGAGACCAAGGCAUAGAUGAUGAGGCUUGUAGUUAGUGACAGAGUCUAUGUACAAGGAAACAUCUGACUUAAAGCUGACGGUAGACUUUAUCGCCUGCUGUAAUUCUAUACUUUUUAAGUUGCAUGACAACUUACCCAUUUUGACUCUGUGUCCUAAUUAAAGAUUUUGGAUACCAUCGUA